AUGAUAAAUACCCGUUCUGCUAACAAAGAAGUUUUGCAGUUAAACCCAGAAAUAGAAAGAAUUAUUUCCAGGUUGCGAAAAGAGGCAAGAACAACCCCCAGUGAAUCAACAUACACCUUCAAUAUUCAAGAAGAAGAGGAGAUGGCUGACAAUCAAAAUCUAAGAGAGCUCACAGCUCCCAACUUGAACCAACAACCGUUGUGCAUUGCAUAUCAGCAGUUGGAGGAAGGUACUAAUGUUGAAAUCAAAUCCGGUCUAAUUCAUCUAUUGCCGGCAUUCCAUGGCAUGAAAGGUGAAGAUCCGAAUAAACAUCUGGCAGAAUUUCAUGUGGUAUGCACUAGCAUGAAACCGAUUGGAAUGACUGAUGAGCAAAUUCAGUUGAGAGCAUUUCCUUUUUCUCUCAAGGAUGCAGCAAAGGAUUGGUUUUAUUAUCUUCCCCCAGGUAGCAUAACAGCUUGGGCAGAUUUAAAGAAGUGUUUCCUUGAGAAGUACUACCCAGCCACUAUUUCUGCAAGCCUUAAAAAAGCUAUCAGCAAUGUGGAUCAGAAGGAAGAUGAAUCGUUGUAUGAGUAUUGGGAGAGAUUUAAGAGAUUGUGUGCUAGUUGUCCUUACCAUGGCGGAGACCUCAUCCUAUACUUCUAUGGAGGUCUAACCGAUGAUGACUUGAGGAUGGUGAAUGCAGCAAGUGGAGGAGGGCUAGUAAAUAAGACUCCAGGAGAUGCAACUAGGUUGAUUGCAGCAGAGAACUCUAGGCAAUUCAGUCAGAGAACUCCCACGCGCCGAGUGAAUGCAGCAAACUCCAAUACCACUGAGUUAGAAAGUCAAGUAGCUGAUUUGACCUCUAUGAUGCGUGAGUUCAUGGUGAACUCAAGGAAUCCGCAGCAACUGAAUGCUUGUGGUAUAUGCACCUCCAUGGGACAUCCCACUGAUGCAUGUCCUACAUUACAAGAGGAGCAAAAUGAGCAAGCAAAUGCAAUGGGUUUCCAAGGGCAAGGUCCUCAGAGAAGAUAUGAUCCCUAUUCAAAUACAUACAACCCGGGAUGGAGGGAUCAUCCAAAUUUAAGAUAUGGGAAUAUCCAAGGAAACCAACAACAUCAAAAUUCUCAAGGCCAACAACAGUUUCAGCAAUAUAGGGCACCAUUCCCAAAACCUCAAGGCCAAAGCUCAAAUUCAGGUAAUAUGUCAACUGAAGAAAUGAUUAGAUCACUAACUUCUAAUGUUUCUACUAUGCAGCAAAAUAUGAUGCAAUUUCAACAAGAAACCAAAUCAAGUAUUCAGAAUUUGGAAAAUCAAGUUAGUCAAAUCUCAAGUGCGGUGAGCAGACUUGAAGCUAAGGAUUCGGGAAAACAUCCAUCUCAAACGGAGUUGAACCUAAGCAACAGGUCAACGCAAUAA